GCCCCGAGAGGAGGAGGAGGAGGCGGCGGAGGCGGCGAAGAGGAGGAGGAGGAGGACGGCGGCGGGGAGGAGGAGGAGGAGGAGGAAGAAGAAGCGGAGGAGGAGGAGGCCCCGGGGCGCCAUGAAGCUCCUCAAGCCCAGCUGGGUCAACCACAACGGCAAGCCAAUAUUUUCAGUUGACAUUCAUCCAGAUGGGACCAAGUUUGCAACUGGAGGGCAAGGAGAGGAUUCUGGGAAAGUUGUUAUAUGGAACAUGGCUCCUGUCCUCAAAGAGGAAGAUGAAAAGAAUGAGAAUGUACCCAAAAUGCUCUGUCAGAUGGACAAUCAUUUAGCGUGCGUUAACUGUGUACGAUGGUCAAACAAUGGCAUAUAUCUGGCUUCCGGAGGAGACGACAAGCUGAUCAUGGUUUGGAAGAGAGCGGCGUACAUUGGACCUAGCACCGUAUUUGGUUCCAGUAGUAAACUUGCGAAUGUAGAACAGUGGCGAUGUGUCUCAAUUCUUAGAAGUCAUUCAGGGGAUGUCAUGGAUGUGGCAUGGUCUCCGCAUGAUGCUUGGCUGGCCUCUUGCAGUGUGGAUAACACUGUUGUCAUCUGGAAUGCUGUGAAAUUCCCAGAAAUUCUUGCCACUUUGAAGGGUCACUCUGGCUUGGUGAAGGGGCUCACCUGGGAUCCUGUUGGGAAAUACAUUGCAUCGCAAGCAGAUGACAGGAGCUUGAAGGUGUGGCGGACCAUGGACUGGCAGCUAGAAACUAGCAUUACCAAACCAUUUGAUGAGUGCGGAGGAACAACACACGUGUUACGUCUCAGCUGGUCACCAGAUGGGCACUAUCUGGUCUCUGCUCAUGCCAUGAAUAAUUCUGGCCCCACAGCACAGAUCAUUGAGAGGGAUGGGUGGAAAACCAACAUGGACUUUGUAGGUCAUCGCAAAGCAGUGACAGUGGUGAAAUUCAAUCCAAAAAUCUUCAAAAAGAAGCAAAAGAAUGGAAGUUCAACAAAGCCUACCUGUCCUUAUUGUUGUUGUGCAGUUGGAAGUAAAGACCGUUCUCUUUCUGUCUGGCUUACGUGUCUGAAAAGGCCUUUGGUUGUUAUACAUGAGCUGUUUGACAAGUCGAUUAUGGACAUCUCAUGGACCUUGAAUGGGCUUGGCAUACUGGUAUGCUCCAUGGAUGGGUCAGUGGCCUUUUUGGAUUUUUCCCAGGAUGAGCUUGGUGAUCCACUGAGUGAGGAGGAGAAGAGCAACAUCCAUCAGUCUACCUAUGGGAAAAGCUUGGCUAUAAUGACUGAGGCACAUCUGUCUACUGCUAUUAUUGAGAACCCAGAGAUGCUAAAGUACCAGCAAAGGCAGCAGCAAGUGGAAAAGAAGAACGAAGCAGCAAGAGAGACCACUGGUUCAGCAGCAGCAACACCGCCUCCGAAAGUGGCAAGCAUGGUGAAUGGAGAAAGCUUGGAGGACAUUAGGAAGAAUCUUCUAAAGAAACAAGUUGAGACCCGGACAGCAGAUGGUCGGAGAAGGAUCACACCUCUUUGUAUAGCUCAGCUGGACACUGGGGAUUUUUCAACAGCUUUUUUCAAUAGUAUCCCAAUAUCUGGAUCCUUAGCAGGCUCAAUGAUGUCAGCUUCCCAAACGAAUCAGCUCAUGUCUUUAGAUUACAAUGCAACCAAUUCCCUUGGCACAUCUAAGCCUGCCUUAGAACCUGUGGCAGUCAGUGUUAAACCAGCUGAAGAUGCAGCCAACAAAGAUGGUGUAAAUGCUACCUCGGCUUCAGCUGCUCCUCCUACGUCAUCGCCCUCUGUGCUGACGGCUUCUUCCAAGAUAGAGCCGAUGAAAGCGUUUGAUUCUAGAUUUACGGAGCGAUCCAAAGCCACCUCAGGGACUUCUGCUAUUGUACACACAAAUCAGAUUGCCAUAGACAGACUAAAGGAGCAGAACUCGAUUAGGGACAAUAAACCCAGGGAUCUCCUAGAAAGCAGCAGCGACAGUGAGGAAAAGGUCCCAGCUAAGCCUAUGUCACUAUCUAAGCGUAAAUUGGAACUUGAAGUAGAAAAGAAGAAAAAAGGCAGGCCUCGAAAGGAUUCUAGGCUCAUGCCUGUCACUCUAACCGUUCAGUCCCCAGCUCUAUUGGCUUCAGACAAGGAUGGUGCUUGCCACAGUGCACCGUUAGCACUUAAACUGCCAACCCCGGUCCCACAGAAAUCAUUUGCGUUGCAAGUAAGCUCAGAUCCCUCCAUGUAUAUUGAAGUGGAGAAUGAAAUCACUGCAGUGGGAGGUUCAAAACUUAGCAGGUUAAAGUGCAAUCGAGAAGGAAAGGAAUGGGAAACGGUGCUCACCAGCCGCAUUCUCUCAGCAGCAGGAAGCUGCGAGGUGGUGAGUGUUGCUUGUGAGAAGAGAACCCUGUCAGUGUUUUCGGCUUGUGGGCGCCGCCUGCUUCCCCCCAUUGUUCUGCAUUCACCCAUCUCUACUUUGCACUGCACAGGGUUCUACGUUAUGGCUCUUACAACUGCAGCAACCCUCUCUGUCUGGAAUGUUCAGAAACGAUCGGUAGUGGUGAAAGAUGAGUCACUGCAAACGAUUUUAGCAGGAAGCGAAACCACUGUGUCUCAGAUCUUGUUGACACAACAUGGCAUCCCUAUAAUGAACAUGUCCGAUGGCAAAGCAUACUGUUUUAGCCCAUCUCUGUCUUCCUGGAACCUUAUCUCUGACAAACAGGAGACUCUAGCACAAUGUGCAGACUUCAGGAACAGUUUACCAUCCCAGGAGGCUAUGCUGUGUUCGGGACCUUUAGCCAUAAUCCAAGGGAAAACAGCUAAUUCUGGAAGGCAAGCAGCAAAGUUGUUCUCUAUGCCUCUCUUGGUCCAGCAAGAAACUACUCUGGCGUACUUGGAGAGCCAGGUGGCAGCUGCGUUGGCUUUACAAUCAAGUCAUGAAUACCGCCACUGGCUUCUUAUCUAUGCACGGUAUCUAGUUAAUGAAGGGUUUGAAUAUCGAUUGCGGGAAUUAUGCAAGGAUUUAUUAGGUCCAGUCCAUUCCUCAUCUGGAAGUCAGUGGGAAUCAACUGUUGUGGGCUUACGAAAGCGAGAUCUGCUUAAGGAACUGCUUCCCGUCAUUGGCCAGAACCUUCGUUUCCAGCGGCUCUUCACAGAAUAUCAAGAGCAACUAGACAUCUUGAGAGACAAGUAGCAUCUUCUCUGGCCUGUGGGGGGAAAUUGCCGACAAGCAUUAAGACAGAAGUGGAGGGCCAUAGUCAGAGUUGGAUGGGAAGGGAAAAUACAAGAACCAGGCCCUGAGUUGUUCUAACAAACAAAAUUCAGUUUGGUUUUGUUUCGUUUUUUAAAAAGAAGGUCACAAGAAGAAUGUGUGGAAUAAGGGGAUGAAUAGAGUUUGGAGGUUUUUUUCCAGGUGAAAUUUGAGCAUUACAGAUGUGGCCUUUGGCAACUGUGGAAAGUUUUGGAAAAUGUCCUUCAGGGAUCCUUUUGAUUCCAGAUCUCAUAGUGACAGUGAUCAAAGGGACUAUUUGGGAGCCACUUGGAUUUUGGAUAUCCCACAAAAAGCACAGACGAUAAACUGAACAUCACAUUAACCCUUGUUAUAGGGUUCGUUACUAAGGAUUUAUUGAGGCUCUGUCAUAUAUUUGGGUUACAUAAGGAGGAGUCCCAUAUACUGCUUAGGGAAUAUGCCGCCAACAGACUUCUAACUGUGAAUAACAAUAAAAGAAAGCAGGCUGUUGUAUCACAUGGACUAUUUUUGUACUAGAAUUUGCUAACUUGUAAUAUGAAAAAAAAUUAUUUGGCCAAUAACCAGAAUUUCCCCCUUACCAAGUCACCUGGUUGUAUGAAACUUAACCUGUUAAUUAUGACAGUUGUGUUACUGAAUAAUUGUACCAAAAUUAAUGUUAUUUGGUUUUUAAUUUUUAACUAUUUGUACAAGGCAUUUGUGGGAGGGGGAUAGUUAAAAAGGGAGGGUUGGUUUUUGGGAAGUUUCUUUUUGUAAGUACAAAUAAUAAAUGAACACUGCAUUGAUCUAAGAACAAA